AUAUAAACAACGAAACCAAUUCAUUCUCACUGUCGUCUCCUCUUGAGCAUCGUCUUCCUCUUAAGCAGCUUCCCUACUCGCCGAUCGUUGCUCCGUUGAAAUCACCAUGGCGCCAAAGAAGGAUAAGGUUCCACCGCCGUCAUCGAAGCCGGCGAAAUCCGGAGGUGGAAAACAGAAGAAGAAGAAGUGGAGCAAGGGAAAGCAAAAGGAGAAGGUUAACAACAUGGUUUUGUUUGAUCAAGGCACUUAUGACAAGCUUCUCACUGAAGCUCCCAAGUUCAAGCUUAUCACUCCGUCGAUACUCUCCGACCGUAUGAGGAUUAAUGGGUCUCUUGCGAGGAGAGCCAUAAGGGAGCUAAUGGCGAAGGGUUUGAUCAGGAUGGUCUCUGCUCACUCGAGCCAGCAGAUCUACACUCGUGCCACCAACACCUAAAAAGCUUGACUUUUUCAAUGGUUUGGUUCUCGACUCUCAUCUUGGUUUUUGUCUUUUGUUGUAUACAUUAAUCAUCAGAACUCUUAUAGUUCUUUUUUGGUUCUCGUUACUCCUUUGUACUCCAGAACCUCUUUAGAAUGUUGUUUUGAGAUAUUAUGUCAAUUUAAAUCGGAGUUGGUUUCUAUUUUUUCCU